UUAGUUGUUAGUUUUUUACAUAGAAAAACAGUUACUUCUUAUUCUACCCGGGCUUCCACUGAACUUGCUUUCCAGAGCUCAGAAGCCCAGUUAGGGUUCUUCAUUUGCAGAGACAGAGAGAAGGAGAGAGAAAGACUCCCUCCCUCUCUCAAGCGCGGGACUUUCAUAUCGCAGAGAACGAGUCUCUCUCUAGCGCGGGAUUCAUAUUUUAGCGGGAGGUUUCAUUUUAGUUGAGCGGGAACAAGCAAAGGAAGCCUCUUCUUUCUGGUUCUUGUCACCAUGAAUUCAUCCCUGAACUCAUCUCAGUUACAGCCACCUUUGGAUAAUUGUGAGAAAGAUAACAGUAUUUUGUUGCGCCUUCCAUCUACUGCCAAAAGUGAUCCGUUGUUUGCAAAAAAGCAGAACAUGUUACUUUCAAGGAGUAUUCCUCUUCAGUUUCAUAUCCCAUUGUUGGCUUUCUCACCUCCCGGGAAAGAGCUCAAUGUUUUGGAUGAAAUGAUUCGAGCAGCAAGGAUCCUAUCACUGAAUGAGACCGAGCUGUACUUUGUUGAGGAUGAUGACUUAGGCCCAUUCAGCCCUAUGAAUGAGCUCGAAUCUCUCAAUUUGGUAUAUUCAGUAAUAAAUGACUUGCUUCACAGUGUUACCGGUAAUGAAAAGGAAGUACUAGUUGCCUUAAGGAAUGCAAUUGUCGACAAUAUCGCGUCUUAUGGAACUGAGGCCACAAACGGAGGCAAAAUCAAGCAAUGUGCUCCUAAACCGGAGAUGCAGCUUCUAGAGUGGGGAAGAAGCCUGGGGGUGAAAACAAAGUUGCAGAUAGCUGAAUUUGAAGAUAUGGGAAGAGGUGCAAUAGCUGUUGAAAACAUGGAUAUUGGGGAUGCUGCCUUGGAAAUCCCCGUCUCUAUCAUAAUAUGCGAGGACAUUGUUUAUGAUUCUGACAUGUUUAUGGUGCUGAAAGAAAUAGAUGGGGUAACUUCUGAGACAAUGCUCUUGCUGUGGAGCAUGAGAGAGAAGCAUGAUGCCAGCUCAAGGUUCAAGCUUUACUUUGAAUCAUUGCCAAAAACAUUUAAUACUGGGCUCAGUUUUGGGGUGGAUGCCCUUAGUGCAUUGCAGGGAACUCUGCUGUUUGAAGAGAUUUUGCAAGCGAAAGAGCAUAUACGCGAGCAAUAUGAUGCAUUAUGUCCAGCUUUAUGCAGUAGUCAUCCCAAUAUAUUCCAACCGGAGUUUUAUACUUGGGACCAAUUUCUUUGGGCUUGUGAGCUAUGGUAUUCCAACAGCAUGAAAGUUAUUUUCCCUGAUGGCAAGUUGAGGACAUGUUUGAUUCCCGUCGCUGGUUUCCUCAAUCACUCGCUGUACCCGCACAUCCUGCACUAUGGUAAAGUAGAUGCAGAGAUAAACACCUUAAGAUUUUGUCUAUCAAGACCAUGCAACAAAGGGGACCAGUGUCAUCUUAGUUAUGGGAGAUUUGCUAGUUCUCAUCUUGUGACCUUUUAUGGAUUUUGCCCAAGAGGAAACAACCCUUAUGAUGUCAUUCCGCUGGAUAUUGAUGCCCCUCAAGAAUCUGAUUUGGAUGUGGUUGAUGACGGUGAUCGCAUAACUCACAUGGUUCGAGGAACAUGGCUUUGCAAAAACAAACUGCUCAAUUAUGGGUUGCCAUCUCCUUUGUUGGUGCAUCUCCGAUGUGUUUUGCUAGACAACAAGAAUGUCAACUCACCUACUCGAACUCAAGAAACCCAAGUGAGUCUCUCUCCUUACACUUACAAUAGUGUUGUCACUGUGACCAUCUAUAUUGUAAUACCCAUCUUUCAUUGCUUCUGAAACACAACUGGUUUUUGAGUGUUGAAACGUGAUGGUGAUAUAUCAGGCCAUUCAGUGGGCCAAGUGUAUUGUAGUAAUCAGGUCUAAUUUUUCCUUUUCACUACUAACUAUUUUGUUCCUUGAUAUCUUUUUGUGUGUGUGUGUGUGUGUGUGUGUGUGUGUGGUGGUGUGUGU